GGCAGUAAACGGUCGACGGCUGCCAUCGAAGUUGUCGCUGUGCGUGCUGUGGGAAAGGUCUGGUUUUGAGGUAUCGUGUGACAUUAAAUCCCUCUACGUUGCGCAAUGGUCCCAAUUGAAGCGGCGCCUCCUCCUGCUCAAUAGUUAGUUCAAGUGCGGACUGAGAGGGACGAGCUCUUCGGAAGAGCGGUCCACAAGCCAGAAUGCCCCGUUUUCGUCGUUAUCGCGUCUUUCUCGUUUUCGCUGUUAUUAGCAUCCUUGCUCUCUUCCAUUUCACUAGACUUCGAGAGCUGGGGUCUUCAAUCCACAAUUCGAAUGAAUCGACGGCGGAACAACAGAAGCCAGCUGCUCCUCCCGCGCUUCCGCCGCAACGACCUCCAGAACAAGCUGGCCACAACGGGGAGAUUCAGAACCCCCCGGCAUCGCCUAGCAAGGCAAGGAUACCAUCUGUGGUCACUAACACAAAGCAAGGAUCGGUAAAGCCGUCUGUGCAACCGACCAGCUCGCCGGCUCCGACACGACCUGCUCUUGUUUCACCGCCGUCAUCACCCAAGGCUGAAUUCGGCCCUGGUGGCCAGGGAAGAUUGGAGGUGCCCGAAUUGGAUCGUACUGACGUCCGAUGGGUGAAACAGCCCGAAAACUUCCCCGUGGUUCCGUCGAACAUCAUUCCUCUGCCCAAGGGCAAACCGAAAAAUAUUCCUAAGAUCCAAUUCAACUUUCCAGAGGAAUCACAGAAGGCUAAGUUGUCCCGUGAGAAGAGAUUAUCACUUAUCAAGGCAUCAUUCAAACGAUCCUGGGCUGGCUAUAAAACACAUGCUUGGGGUCGAGACGAAUUAAAGCCCGUCUUUGGUGGCGGUCGGGAUCCCUUCAUGGGAUGGGGAGCAACUUUAGUUGAUAGUUUGGACACUCUUUGGAUAAUGGGCUUUGAGAAAGAAUUCGCUGAGGCUGUCAAGGCUGUGGAACAGAUUGACUUCAAAACCAGCAAUCGAAAAGAUAUUCCUUUGUUUGAAACUGUCAUUCGCUAUUUGGGAGGCCUGAUUGGUGCAUAUGAUAUUUGUGAAGGAAGGUAUCCCAUUUUGCUGGACAAGGCGAUUGAGCUAGCCGAAAUCCUAAUGGGCGCAUUCGAUACGCCAAAUCGAAUGCCGCAAACAUAUUAUUGGUGGGCGCCGUCCUACGCUUCACAGCCUCAUCGAGCACCUACCCGGGCCGUUCUUGCUGAGCUUGGCUCUCUGUCUCUUGAGUUCACACGACUAGCACAAUUAACGCUACAGAACAAAUACUACGAUGCUGUUGCUCGGAUCACAAAUGAGCUCGAAAAGUUUCAGUCUAACACCACACUACCAGGUCUAUGGCCCUCACUAAUUGAUGCCUCGGGAUGCAAGAAAAUACUUCGUAACAGCGAUGAAUUAGAAGAUGUGGACGGUUCAGUGAAAAUGCCGCCGUUAAUGCCCAAGGCCAAUGGGCCCCCAGAGGCCCCUAAAAAGAGAAAUGAGGCGGCCUUUAAGCCUUUGCAGAAUACCCAGCCAGCAAAUCCCAACUCACAAUCUAAGGCUACAGAGAAACGUGAUUUGGUCGGAUUCGAAGAUGGGCCCGAUUGCGAAGAACAGGGCCUCAUGCCACCGCCAUUCCAAAUGUCGAACACAUACACGCUGGGCGCUUUGGCGGAUUCAACAUACGAGUAUCUGCCGAAAAUGCAUCUGCUCCUUGGCGGGCUCAGCUAUCAAUACCACAAGAUGUACACCCUAGCAAUGGAUACGGCCAAGAAGUAUCUGCUGUUUCGGCCAAUGCUGCCGGACAAUCGUGAUGUUCUGUUUCACGCAAAGGUAACUUCAAGCAAGCCACCGGAGAAAAAAGAAGAUUUAUAUUCCCAAUAUGAAGGCACUCAUCUUGGGUGUUUCGCAGGAGGAAUGUUCGCCCUCGGUGCCAAAAUCUUUGGGAUUGACGGCGACCUGGAUCUUGCUGCAAAGCUAACCGAUGCGUGCGUCUGGGCAUACAAUGCUACUGCCACUGGCAUUAUGCCCGAAGGCUUUGAAAUGCUUCCUUGCGCCUCCACUGAGCGCUGCGAAUGGAAUGAAACACGAUAUUAUGAAAAAAUCGAUCCUUAUGAAGAGGAGAGAAAGCUCCAAGUUCAGACUUGGCUAGAUCAAAAGGCCGAACUUGAAAAGGUUGAGGGCGUGGAAAGAGCAGAAUUCCAAGCUACCGAAAUCGAGACUUCGCACCUUUCUAAAUCCGCCGUUAGCAAGGGCAGUUCUGGACUUGCCAAAAGGCAGAGAGCAAUGCCCGACGAUCCAUCACGCAUCAGUGGUAUUGACGAUUCAAUUCCUGAUAUUCUUGGACCCAAACCUACGUUCGUUCCUCAUAAGGACUUCGUGGAGCAACGACUUAAAGAGGAGCGUAUUCCUUAUGGAAUGACUGAUAUCCUCUCACGCAAGUACAUUCUCAGACCCGAAGCCAUCGAAUCCGUAUUCUACAUGUACCGAAUCACAGGUGACGAGUCAUGGAGAGAAAAGGGGUGGGAGAUGUUUAAGGCCGUUGAGGCAAGCACAAGAACUGAACUCGGAAGCUCCGCGAUCAAGGACGUGACGAGUCAAGUGCCUAUACCCUUGAACGAAAUGGAGUCGUUCUGGCUCGGAGAAACUCUGAAAUACUUCUUCCUCCUUUUCAGCGAUCCUGACGUCGUCAGCCUAGACGAUUAUAUUUUCAAUACCGAAGCGCAUCCCUUGAGGAUGCCACAGAAAGUUUAAUCGACAUAGACCAGUAUCAUUCGAUAUAUAUAUCUUACGCCAUGCUUGUUAGCAUUCGCCGUAUAUUUGGUGUUGUUUGUUGGGUCAAUGUAACGGAUAGGUUUUCAACGCAGGUUUAGCUAAUAUCUAGGAGAUAUGGGUCGCUCUGGUUUAACAGACUUUGCAUAUAUAUUUGGUAUCAUUCACAAACCGGCCCUUUUACUUUUUAACCGUCCCUUUUCUAUACUUUGUGGUACAUGUCAGUCUCGAGCUUUUGAUUGUAUUUUUAUUUUUGCUAGACGGUUCUUU